UUUAGGUGCAGCUGGAUGCACAAGGAGCGGGGCGGGCUGCACGAGCGACCCCGGCCUCCCCUGCCCAGCCCCUUCUGUGCGCGCGGGCCGGCGCGAGCCCCGCCGCCUCCCGCGCGGGCCGGGGAGGGGAGGCUGCUCAGGCGCUCACGUGCCCAACGGCCGCGUCAGCUGGUUCCGGCACCGCCCCGCAGCGACGGCCGCCGCCGCAGCAGGGUGCCGCGCACCAUGGUGGAGCUGAACAGCGGCUACCCCCGCUCCCUGCCGGGGGCGCUGAAAAUCGCCCGUCUGGUUGUUGCCUUUGUAACAUUCAUCUGUUUCGCUGCCUCGAAAUCCCAUGAAGCCUUCAUAGCCCUUGCAAUCAUGGAAUUUGUCGUCACUCUGUUAUUCUUUCUGCUCUACUUGCUCAAACUAGAUAAAAAGAUGAAAUUCUUAUUUUGGCCUUUAGCUGAUAUUUUCAACUCAUUGAUUGCAGUUUUGUUCUUUAUCAUUGUGUGCCUGUGUGCAAUAAUAAUCAAGACCACGACUGGGACUCUGGUUGGAGGAGUCUUUGGUCUUCUAUUGGUUGGUCUUUGUAUUGCAGAUUCUGUUCUUCUUUUCAAGAAGAUUACAUUUAAUAAGCCAAGAGGAAGGAAUGUUAUUACCAGAUAAGAAUGACCAAUUUACCAAAAGACUGAUUUAUUCUCCACUUUAAAUGUCUAUUGAAUAAUAUGAUACGUUUCAUUAUUAGCCUAUAUAUUUUUCCUAAAGGAUUUAACAUGUUCAUCUUAGAAUUGUAAUAUUUUCCUGUCUGUUUUGCUACAUUAGUUUACUUUUUCACACAUUAACAUUCUUUAAAUUCCUAUGUAUUUUUCUAGACUACACGUUUUUACAAGUGUUAACUUUAAAUUAUUGUCCUAUGUGUUUUGGUAAACUUGAUACAUUUUCACUUGUUAAUCUAAUUUUCUACAGAAGUGUUUAUGUAAUAAAAUUGAAAAUACAAAUGGAUCUAAAUGUAUUAUUUCAAUAGGUAAGUAGUAACUGUACUUGAAGCAAGAAUUAUUUGAAUUAACACGAGUCUUCUCCUGCCAAAUAUAUUUAGGGACAGAUUUUGACAUCCAUAGUCAUGCUGAAUAGUAUCUUACUCUACAGGUGGGCCUGUUAAUGGGAUCACUGUGAAGUAAAGUAUUAUUUGUUUUGAGUAAAGAUAUCAGGAUCUGACCCUUAGAAUUAGUCUUAUUUCUCAUUGGACGAGUACAGCCCCAGUUUAGUGCUAUGUAACCCAAAACAGACUUUGAAAUACCAUUCCCUUUCUUAACUAAAGAUUUAAUGAUUGUAUUCUUUACCAUUUCUGUAAACUCAGGAGUUUUGUUCACUGAGAUGGGAUGUUUUUCCAUCUGGAAAAAUACAGCCUUAAAAAUUAUGUAACCAAUAAAGGCAGUGCUAAUAAGUGCAACAA